CAUCAGCCACCACAAAAUCCUUUUCAAUUUUCCAGCAUGGCACAUUGUGGAUGAUUAUGUAGUCAGUUGAUUUUCAUUGCAAAGAUGCGUCUUCUCACACAUAAUAUGCUGGCGUCGCACGUCAAGGGUGUCAAGAAGGGAUUUCCUCUCGCUAUUGAGGCUACAAAUGUUGUCGUGAAGGCGGUCGAUUUCAACCCGGACUUCAUCUCUCGCAUGAUUCCGCGACUGGAGUGGUCGGCGCUCUUCCAGGCAGCACAGUGGAUUGGUCAUGCUGACAAGUUGCCCGCGACCGUACCAGAGGGCUUCGAGGAAAACGAGGAGUUUCUGAAGGCAGCGCACCACUGCCUUAUGGAGAUCGAGGUGAUGGAGGGACAUCUGGUGUGCCCGGAGAGCAGUCACAAGUUCCCCAUCCUCAACGGCAUUCCCAACAUGCUGUUGGCUGCCGACGAAUAAGCAGAGCCAAGACUAGCCUGAUACUGACAACACACACCAUCUUUGGCAGUUUCCCAGCAAACCCUCUCAGUAUUUUUUUAACUCGUCUGUACAUAUUUAGGGAACUCCACUGCUGAUUGUAAGUUUGUCUGAGAACCUGCCAGUGCAUUGUUGAGUUUGCUUGAUGACGUCAUGCACAGCUUUCUUCUAUACUCCACCAGCAUUCUACAUGUGCCCAAUAAAGUUUGCUUGGAAGCCCCACA